AGCCGAUGUUUUCAGAGGAGUCGCGGCUCGCGCUCGCCGCCCGGAAUCUCUCUUCUCCUGGGCUUCUCGCUCCUGAGGGGCGCUUCUAGGUAGCCGCCUCAUCGCUCCUCGGACGAGUCGGUCUGUGCUGGACCUCUUUCCCCCCGGAACCCUUGUGGGCUUCUGCCACGGACGCUUGGCCGUGGGCGGAGCCGGGCCCAAACAUGGCUUCGUCGGGGCUGGAUCAUCUUAAAAAUGAUUAUAGAAGAAGAUUUUGCCAACCCUCCAGGACACUUCAUAUUAAUACAGGACAGGGCCAGAAUGUAUUAGAAAUCUUACAAGACUGUUUUGAAGAACAAAGUUUUGCCAAUGAUUUCAGUACAAAUUCUACAAAGUCUCUGCUUUAUCUGACACCUAAAACAAAAGAUAUGUGUGUUCAAUCACCCAGCAAAAAGGUUGAAUGCCAGAAUUCACAUCCAAAGUCAGUUCCAGUUUCUUCAGGAAAGAAACAAGGCUCCCUGCAGGCCACUGUUGGACCAAGUGAAGCUGUCAACGAAUCAGGUCAAACUCAUGAAAUUGAUGAGAAAGUUUCGGCAACUAAUGCUGCUUCUCAAAAUAAACGUACCUUAAGAAAAAUAAGUGAAAAUCUCAGAGAUCAUAAUGAAGAUGAUAUGGAAUUUUACUUAUCUGUUGACUCACCUAUUCUUUUGGAUACAAAUACACAUCCCAAAUAUGCAUCUGUUGUCCAAAGGAGAGACACCUAUACUUUUGAAAAUUCAGUGAAUAUGUUGUGUUCAAGUACAGAACGUUCUCUAAAAACCAAAAAAAGAUUAAAUUUUGAAGAUAAAAAUAUUUUGAAGAAAGUAGAAAUGGAGGAUCAAGUAUCAGAAGGGUCACCAAGGAAGAAAUCAUUGGUAACAUCUCAGGAAAGAAUGCAAGAUUCAGAAUAUAAAAGUCAGCCACAAGCUAAAAAGAGUUUUUCAACAUUGUUUUUAGAGACUGUAAAAAAGAAAAGUGAAUCUGGUUCUGUUGUUAAGCAUAUAACAACUGUGCCAGCUCAUUCAUCUCCUGCAAAUGAUAUGCAAUUGUUAGAGGAUGAAUUUAUAAUUGAUGCUUCUGAUAGAAGUUUUUCCAAUCGAUCUUGGAUUACUAUACCAAGAAAGUCUGGGGCUCAGAAACAAUGCAUAGUCUCCCCUGCUGAGAACACUGAACUCCCUCAAAGUAAGUCAAGAAACAAAGUUACCAGUUCAUCACCUAAGACUUUGACAUGUGAAAAACACUUUAAUUCUCAUCCAGUAGAGAAAUCUCAGAUUUCUGAGAAGAAAAUGCAGAGUGAGAGUUGUGUUUUGACAGGUCAAAUGAAAAACAAUCAUAGAUCAACAAAACAUAAUAUAUGUCCUGAGAAUAUGGGCAGGUCAUCUGGAAACAAAAGGACGGUAAAACAAAAACAAAGAAGAAACGUUAAGACUACAACAGUUGAGGAACAAGUUGAUCUGCAACAGUCAAAAGAUAAAAAUAUAAAUAUGCCACAUACCACCCAAGACAAAUUACAAGCAAAUUCAGACAGAAAUUUGGAAGAAUGUCAAGACUCAGAAAAUGCCCCAGUUUCUCCAAAACAGGUGCAACUCAUGGGAAGCAAGAAAAGUAGUCGUACUGUUCCUCAUACAGAGACUCCAAUAAAUAGAGACUGUAAAAAGAAGAAUUUUUCAGAUGGGUUCCAAGAGAACAACAAACUUUCACUUGAAGUGAGUUUAAAAACUUGUAGGAAAAGUCGAAGACUUUCUAGGCCACCUUCUGAUUGGUGGGUUGUAAAACCAGAUCACAAUCCUGUUUAUAGCAAUUCUUCUGUGAUAGCAAAUGAAUUAUUAGAGUAUGACAACAAGGGACAGAAAUCUGCUGGAAGGACAAAUUGUUCAUCUAAGAGUGCUGGGAAAAAAUCUGCUCCAUUGAAAAAGCAGAAGAGAGCUUCUCAGUGCAGCUCUAGAGCAAGGAAAUCACCAGAUACUGAAGAUUCUGAAGGAAUAACUGAUCAUGAGGAAAUUCCAGUUUGUUCCCAGAAUGAGCCAUUAGAAGAUGAUGAGGCAGACCUGGCUAAGGAGAAAAAGUUUGACUGUUCUGGAGACGCAGAAAACACAAAGGAUCAAGAUAGUGGUGUAACUGCAGAAACUGUUCCUAGAAAGUCUCAAGCCAGGGGAGGUGCAUACAAGACACCACCAUCAGAAUCUAACUCAGAUUCUAAAGAUCCUAAGACUUCAGGUUUUGAAGAAAGUGGACCUUCCAGAGUCAAGAACUGUUUAAUGUUUGGAGAAAAUGAUUCUGAUGGAGAUGACAAAGAUAUUGAGGAACGAUCAGAUGACUCAGAAGUAAAAGGAUCUAAAGUAACACCAGUGAGCAAGAUACAUCACAAAUUAGUAUUGCCUUCCAAUACACCAAAUGUUCGCAGGACUAAAAGAACACGAUUGAAACCUUUGGAAUACUGGAGAGGGGAGCGGAUAGAUUAUCAUGGAAGGCCAUCAGGAGGAUUUGUGAUUGGUGGAGUAUUGUCCCCAGGCAUAGUAACAGCCAAAAGGAAGGCAAAAGGAAACACAGGAAAAGUGAACAAAAUAAUUAAUAGGAAAAAGAUCUGCCUUGAUCAUAAUGAAAAAAAGAGUAAAUUAGUGAUAAAUCUAAAUAUACCACUAGGAGACCCAUUGCAGCCAACAAGGGUGAAGGACCCAGAAACAAGAGAGCUUGUCUUCAUGGAUCUUGUAAGACCACGAGAUACAUAUCAAUUUUUUAUUGAACAUAGUGAAUUGAAAGUAUAUAAGACAUUGGAUACACCUUUUUUUUCUACUGGAAAAUUGAUAUUAGGGCCACAUCAAGAAAAGGGAAAGCAGCAUGUUGGCUCAGAUACCUUGAUUUUUUAUGUUAACUUUGGUGACCUUUUAUGUAUUUUACAUGAAACACCGUAUGUAAUAACAACUGGAGAUUCCUUCUAUAUUCCUUCAGGAAAUUACUACAACAUCAAAAAUCUCCUGAAUGAGGAAAGUGUUCUUCUUUUUACUCAGAUAAAAAGAUAAAAUAAAAUUUAAAUAUAUGUGUACAUAGAUGUGUCAAUAUCUGUGUAUCUAGACAUGGGUAUAUCUAUAGGUGGUGAUACAAGCACACAACAAUUUGUAUAUUCAGACUUUUAUUUUUCUGAUUAUUUGUGAUGUUUAAAAUAAACAUUUCAGUUCUGUGUGCACUUGUAUGAAGUAUUUCAAACACUGAUGUGUAUCUUCUAAUUUUUUCCAUGAAUGCAAUCUUGACCUCCAGUGUUACCCAUAUUCAUAUUUCAAUAACAUGAAAAUAAUACCAGAGUUAAAAGAUAUUUCUUUGUUGGAAAUUUGAUUUGAUUAAUAUAUCUAUUUACUUAAAUUUUUUUCCAGUUAUUUCUUUUAAGUCACUAAUCAUUGAAUAAUAAGAACUGUGGUAAAUUAUAUGUCUUUAUUCAUUUCCUAAGUCUGCUGUAACAGCACCGUACACCUGGGUGGCUUAUAUCAAUUGAAAUGAUUGUCUUCCAGUUCUGGAGAUAGGAGUCUUAACAUCAAGUGUCAGCAGAUCCACCUUCCCACCUCUGAAACCUGUUGUGGAGGUUUGCUAGCAAUCAUUUGUGUUCCUUGGCUUGCAGGAACAGCACAGAUCUCUACCUGCAUUGCCAGAUCUGUUCAUUUUUUCUCAUCUCCUGUGCCUCUGCCUUUGUACACCUUUUAUUAAGUUGUUAUGUAUAAAUGUUUUUGUUGUUGUGUUUCUGUUCACAUUUUUUUGUUGGAAAAUGUGUCAUUUGUCAUUGAUAUCUGUGUUUGGCACUAUCCUUCCUUUUAAUAUUAAAUGAAAAGUCUUAACGAAA